AUGGCUGCUGUUAUCACGCUCCAGUCGUCCUCGACGGCUGGUCUCCAACAGGGCUCUCCAUCUGACCGUCAUCUCCUUCGGCCGCUGCUGCAGAAUAACCCUCAGCAACCGCCGCUACAGCAGCAGCCGCUUCAACCACAGCAAUCCCCCUCUCCUGCCCCCAUUGGCACCCUUCCUCGUCUUCCUGCACUGGGCCGGGAUGGACCGAGUUGUGACGCCUGUCUGCGCAGAAAGAGUCGGUGUGCUAUGAACGAAAUGGUCAACAAGUGUUAUUCGUGCGACUUUCAUCGCCAGGACUGCACCUUCACCCUAUCAUCAUCGUCAACCACCACAACAACCAUUACCACGACCGCGACCAGCGCGAACAGCGCGAACAGCGCCAGCAGUGCCAGCACUGCCGGCACCAGCCGUCCAAGCACGGCUGACGUGCAGUCUAAAAAGCGUAAACUGGACGAUAUCAUCAAUAGUGAUGCGGAUUCUCCUAAAAGGUUAUCGACCGUUUCUAAAGCUGACAGUGCUCGUUCGCCCUUGAGUGAACACCCGCGGUUCAACGCCGUCUCAUACUGGCAUCAGACCACCCAGCACAUCGGCCUCACUACCGAGCUGGAGCCCGCCCUACUGGCCUACCUUCCGGUAGACCAGAACGACGAGAGUAUCGUUGCUGCUUCGCGGGUACGGAAACUCAGCGACGACGGCACUUUUAUGCGUGUCGUCAACACCAUGUCGCAUGCGGAUGCUCCGCAGUCCGCCACCCUGGUCUCCAUCGAGAGCCUGGUUGCUCCCUAUGGGUCCACCUUGGUAGAGAAGUUCUUCGAGCACAUCCACCCGACCUUCCCAAUUCUGAUGGAAGAUGUCUUCCGCCAGUCGUACAGAACCAGGAAUGGCAUCUCUCCACUUUUACUUUCUGCUGUCUACGUCCUGGCCCUCAAGUUUGUUGACAUCGGACCAGCCUCGCAGUCCGCGCGGCGGCCCGACGCCACUCGUCUUGAGGCCACUGCUUUGAGGCUUCUUAAUGAAUCUCUACCAUAUGCAUCAAUAUCGACGAUCCAAGCGGGGCUGUUACUCAUGCAAAAGUCGACGUUGGCAACCGCUGCUUUGAACGCGCAAUUGGUCACCGCUGGGUUUGAGCUCGGGCUUCACCAGGAUUGCUCCGACUGGCGGAUGGAAACCUGGGAGAAGGGCCUGAGAAAGCGUCUCGCCUGGGCACUUUACAUGCAGGACAAAUGGUCCGCAAUGGUGCACGGCCGGCCAUCACAUGUCGUUUCCUCCAACUGGACUGUGCAGGAUCUCGUGGAAGAAGAUUUUACUGACGCGUUCGCCUCGACCGCAUCCCAGCCGGAAGACGCCCCUGUAGGCCACGGGCCGCUUUUCUUCUGUCAUCUAGUGGCCCUGACCACCAUUCUCUCCGAUAUCCUGGACCGCUUUUACACCCUCCAGUCAAUACAAGAAUUUAAAGCCGCGGGCAGCAACCGAACCCGUCUCAUCCUAGAACGCGCCAAACCGGCCCAAAUCCGUCUCAAGGAAUGGUUCGCGCGUCUACCUGCAUCCCUCAAACUAGACUCUACCACCGACCUCUUUGAGAACAUCACGGAGGAAAAUGCCCGCAACGGCGCCCUGCACCUCUCCUACUUCGCCACCGAAAUCACUCUCCAUCGCUGCAUCGUCCGCUCCCUCUCUCCAGAUUCCACGGACGCCUACCUCUCCCACAUCUGCCGCUCCGCCGCAAAGACCCGCCUCAUCUCAGCAAUGGACUUUGUAAACCGUCUCCGCCCGCCUCACCUUCGCUCCUUCUGGCCCGCCGCAUCCAGAACCCACUUUGCCCUCAUCGGCUCGUUCGGCAUCCUCCUACGUGUAACAGCGCCGACCAAAGAAGAAGCCGAGUUCUACCGCCUUCGGCUCUGCGAGUACCGCUGGACCCUGAGCGUCAGCAAAAAGGACGCCGAAUUCCUCGAGUUUGCGCUCGAGUCUCUAGACAACGCAACGGAUCUAGAUCAUCAUGUCCCUGCUAAACCAGGAAUCGAUGAGCUGAUGACCAGCUCGUCAAAACCAUACAUUGCUUCUACUUCGGCCAGAUCGGGGACGACGCAGGAAGAGGCGAUUCUGGAUUUGGACCCGCGCUCUGGGACCGGAGGCACCUCCUCUGUUAUCUCGGGGCUGGCUUCACCGGCUACCUCGGUUAGUGAGGAAAGUAUGCACGAUGCGGCUGUUGCUCCGAUGUAA